AUGGUGGAGGCAGUGUGCUCCAUGGAUCCAACGGCGGCGACAGAGCCUUGUGGAACAGGACGACGCAUGACUACAACAUUGCACCGCGCUUGCGACGGCGCGUCCAUUCCCAUUAUCGUGGAAUCAAUUUACCGAAAGCAUCCACCUGCACUGCUCGCUGUGGAUGGUAAAGGAAAGCUCCCAUUAGAAUACAUGUUGCCAAGAAAGCGGGAAAGUGCCCUCAACAAUACACGAAAGUUAUCCUCGUUAUCGCGGCUCUUGGGGAUAUGCCCUGAUGCUGUCAUGCAAGAGAAUCGAAAUGGUCUAGAUCUUCUCCAAGUAGCCUUCAGUAUCACGGACAUUUCUCCGGAGGCUCUCGAGUUGAUCUCUUCUCGGUACAACGAUAAUUGUUCCAAUAAAAAGCGCAACUUUCUGAUACCAGGUAUUUUGACUCCAUCAGCUGCCGAUAACGUGUUAUGCCGCGUGUUGGGGAAGCUCGGGCAUUUAUCAUUUUCACCGGGACAACCAUCAUUCACUUCUUCCGAGUCUCUUCGAAAAUUUCUGGGGGCCAUGGCAGAAAAUGAGUCCAUCCAUCAACUUUCGGCGCUCUUGUUACACAGAGAUUUUCUCGCGACGGAUCCAGAGGUUGUCCCGAAAUUGGAGCAAAUAUUCCAAAAGAAUACGGCUCUGCGCUCUGCAAGCAUGACUUGUUUGCAAUACACUCGAAAUCCUGAGGCCGGUAACGAAAAAGUUUUGCCUCGCCUCUUGAGCAGCCUGAAAUGCAAUCAGGCACUGCAAGAACUGAAGCUGGAUUCCUUCCGCCUCCCUGCUCCUGACGCCAACACCGUGAUUCAGCCAAGUCUCGAGAAAGAAGAAACCUCUUCAACAAUCAAACGCAGCGCGCUGCGUAAACUGGUUCUAAAGGACUGCAUAGAGCCAACAAUAACAUGCGGCGAUACUUUGGUGGGCUUGCUUCCAUUGUUCUCGUCGCUCAGAGAAUUGAAAAUCUCCUUCAAACUGUGGUCGUUUAACACAGCAAACCUACCCGACUUUACAAAUGCCAUUGUUCAGGCGAUGCGUCAUUGCCCAUUGGAGGAUUUUGCUGUCUGUAAUGCCUUGGUGGAUGCAACACCAAUCUGCGAGGCACUUUGCUCCAACAGUACCCUCAAAAAGUUUGUCGUUCUGCGCCAAUCUCCGGACGUCUUCAAACCCUACGUAGACGACAUCUUUGAUACUGUCGAAAAGCUGAAGGCUCUUCUGGAAGUUGUCAGGGUGGGCAACACUACAUUGACGGAUAUCUUGUAUCUACCAGGGAAGAACGGGUAUACCAGACCCAUCAUACAACGCAUUAUGUAUUUCCUGAAACUCAACAAGUGUGGCCGGCAGUUGGUGCGGCAACCCGGCUUCAGCAAAGAGUCACUGGUUCAGCUCCUGGAGGUUACCAGUUUGAAUGCCAGGGUAAAGCAUCGUGUUCAGUAUGGGUUAUUGCGGGAGGUACCAUCUGUGUGGGCAACAUGCGGGUAG